CCCCGCUAGCCCCGCGGCGUCCAACUCGGUAGUCUCGGAGGCUCGCAGGAUUGGGGAGAAGAUGGCGGAGGAGGAGUUCUCCAACACAACCCAGGAGAGCGUCAACUUCACCCUUCACGCCACCCUGGGUGUCACCACGAAGCUGGUGCUCCCGACACCUGCCAAGCCCAUCCUUCCAGUGCAGACAGGGGAGCAGGCCCAGCAGGAGGAGCAGUCUAGUGGCAUGACCAUUUUCUUCAGCCUUCUCGUCCUAGCCAUCUGCAUCAUCCUGGUGCACCUGCUCAUCCGGUACCGACUGCACUUCCUGCCCGAGAGUGUGGCUGUCGUUUCUCUAGGUAUUCUCAUGGGGGCAGUUAUAAAACUUAUAGAGUUUAAAAAGCUGGCAAAUUGGAAGGAGGAAGAAAUGUUUCGCCCCAACAUGUUUUUCCUUCUCUUGCUCCCACCAAUCAUCUUUGAGUCCGGCUACUCACUGCACAAGGGGAACUUCUUUCAGAACAUCGGCUCCAUCACCCUCUUUGCUGUCUUUGGAACGGCGAUCUCUGCUUUUGUAGUAGGUGGAGGAAUUUACUUUCUGGGUCAGGCUGAUGUAAUCUCUAAACUCAACAUGACAGACAGUUUUGCAUUUGGCUCCCUCAUAUCUGCCGUUGACCCAGUAGCCACUAUCGCGAUUUUCAAUGCACUGCACGUGGACCCUGUGCUCAACAUGCUGGUGUUUGGAGAAAGCAUCCUCAACGACGCAGUCUCCAUUGUCCUAACCAACACGGCUGAAGGUCUAACAAGAAAACAUAUGUCGGAUGUCAGUGGGUGGCAAACAUUCUCACAGGCCCUCGGGUACUUCCUCAAAAUGUUCUUUGGCUCUGCGGCACUUGGCACACUGACUGGCUUGAUUUCUGCAUUGGUGCUGAAGCACAUUGACCUGAGGAGAACGCCUUCCCUGGAGUUUGGCAUGAUGAUCAUUUUUGCUUAUCUGCCAUAUGGGCUGGCAGAGGGAAUCUCACUCUCAGGCAUCAUGGCUAUCCUGUUUUCUGGCAUCGUGAUGUCACACUACACACACCAUAACCUCUCCCCAGUCACCCAGAUCCUCAUGCAGCAGACCCUCCGGACUGUGGCCUUCCUGUGUGAAACGUGUGUGUUUGCAUUUCUUGGCCUGUCCAUUUUUAGUUUCCCUCACAAGUUUGAAAUUUCCUUUGUCAUCUGGUGCAUAGUGCUGGUACUAUUCGGCAGAGCAGUCAACAUCUUCCCUCUGUCCUACCUGCUGAACUUCUUCCGAGAUCACAAAAUCACCCCCAAGAUGAUGUUCAUCAUGUGGUUCAGUGGCCUUCGAGGGGCCAUCCCCUAUGCACUGAGCUUGCAUCUGGGCCUGGAGCCCAUGGAGAAGCGGCAGCUCAUUGGUACCACCACCAUUGUUAUUGUGCUCUUCACGAUCUUGCUGCUGGGCGGCAGCACCAUGCCCCUCAUCCGCCUUGUGGACAUUGAGGAUGCCCGGGCACGCCGCAGGAGCAAGAAGGAUGUCAACCUCAGCAAGACUGAGAAGAUGGGCAAUGCCAUCGAGUCAGAACAUCUGUCGGAGCUCACCGAGGAGGAGUACGAAGCCCACUACAUCAGAAAGCAGGACCUCAAAGGCUUCAUGUGGCUGGACGCCAAGUACCUGAACCCCUUCUUCACACGGCGGCUGACACAGGAGGACCUCCACCAUGGGCGCAUCCAGAUGAAAAGCCUCACCAACCAGUGGUAUGAAGAGGUCCGCCAGGGCCCGUCAGGCUCUGAGGACGAUGAGCAGGAGCUGUUCUGAGCCUACAAUGUCUUGGGCCUGGAAGAAGAUGCCUCCUCGUACAGCCUUCUCAGAACACAAGAUGGUAGGUCAAGGGCUAGUCUUAGCUAGGAAGAAGCUUCAGGCCUUUGGAGAGUGCUGGCUUCAGAAAUAUGAUCGGCCUCCAUGACUCACGGAACCAGACCUGCCCCAACGUUGUUUCUGGGCCUACAGACAUGGGCAGCAGCCAGCCCCUUUCUGCUUCUGUGCCAGGCCACAGAGAAAACUUGGCCGGCUGGCUUGCUCAGCUCACACUGUGCUUGGGCCAUGCCUUCCUCUCAUCUCUGGAGCAACUACUGGCAGGCACAUCUGCUGUUUGUCUCUGCACUGUCAAGGAGCCUUGGUAGCAGCAGCAGCAGCAGCAGCAGCCUCAACCUGGUGCCAAGGCCAAGAGAUUUUGAAAGCCUCACACUCCCUGUCCUGUGUCCUGCGUUCCCAAAGAAAAAGGCUAAAGGACCUUUUUUUGACAUGGAACUGGCACCUCUCAGCCUGCCUUUGGGCAGGCAGCUGCAGCCCUCCUGUGGGCAUACUGCAAAUGUUUACACUGGUACCUGGCAAGGUUCAGCCUGCGGGCUUCUAGGAAAGGUGUUGGCCUAUCCCCUGGUUUUAGAGUACUCUCUGAAGAGACAAAGGGGGUCUUUAGACCCUGUAAGCACAGGGUCCUUGGGGACACCUUUCCUAAGUGUGGGAGCCACCUCCACAUCCUCUCUCCUCUCCACCAGUCUCCUCCUUCAUUCUUGUCCUCUGCCCAGAGGCCUCUUACUAGACCCUAUAGUGUGAAGCUCCUCCCACCCAGCUGCUGUUGAGAGCCCAGCCUUUUACCAGUUCCUGGAGCUUGGGUCCUCGCCCUCCAUGCCGGGCCUCGGAUCUCCAAGACACUGGGAUAGUGGCCAGAGCACAGCGUGUGCAUGUCUCAGGCUAAGGCACACCACAGUCAGUGGUCACUGCCUGAUGUCCUCGCCAGCCCUUUAUAGCUGCUGCCCAUCCAUGGCCUUCAGCAACUGUCCAUGUGGCCCGAGGCCUUCCUUGCAUCCUGGUGGCAUAGUUGUUGUGUAUGGCAUUGGCUCACAAUGGGGACACAGUGGGUCUGAGUGGGUUUUUUGCAGGUGUUUUGCACCUCAGGUGCUGUGGUUCUGAUGUUGGCAGACAGCCAGGCCUCUGAGGCCCUCCACCUCACUCUGCUGCACAAAGUGGCAGAGUUGGAAGCAUGUAGUUUGCUUCUGUACAUAAGGUCACUUAUCCUUGGCACAGCCAAGAUAGGGUCUUCUUCUUUGUCUCUCACCUGAACCCUGGAGCUGGAGCCACCUAUGGCCUUGUGUGAUUGGGAGUGGGGCUGGCUGGGCUCAGGCUUAUCUCUGGGAUGGAAGCUGCUUCCCAAGCCCAAUACUUGCCAAGAUUUCUUUUUAAUCCUUAACUUCAUAGAUGACACAGUAAGGCAUCGGGUGUUACUCUCUCGGCCUCGGCCCCAGGCCUCUCGGACAUGCCAGCUUUUAGCUGAGACCGGAAGUGGGCUCCCGGGAGCUUGGUGGGAGCUGCUGCUCCAGCUCUGCAUGUCAGUAGGCACUCCGCCCCUUCCUGGGAAUGUGGGCGAGUACCCAACCUGCCAGGGCCACAGCCAGGAGCAGAGCUCUAGAGGGAUCUCUCAGAUGAGAGACAAAGUGCUGCCGUCACCUCCUCCACCCCGCUAGUCCUGUUGUGUGCAGCAGAGAGUGUGUGCAUGGUAGAUGACCCCGUUGUUCGGCAAAGUUCAGUCUAGGCCAAGAGAUAGGCCAGCUGGGCACACGGAAGGUAAUGCUUCAGAGUGAGGGACAGGGGUGCCCUUGGAGAUCUGGCACUUAGUAUAGUGGUGGCCCAUCCCUACAGAACAUAUGAGCCAGUUCUUGGAAUCAGUGAGUGACCUGCUUUCUGCAGUGCUGUGGUCACAGGGUCCCCCAGACAGCCACAUGCAGCAGCAUCUUGGGGGUAAAACCUGACAGCCAGAGGGCUUGGUAUGCAGAGUCCUUUCUGUGCACCAGAAUGCCAAGGGACUGAGCAGAGAGCCAUCUUAAAACCCACACUAAGAACUACUAGGUCCACAUGCCCAUGGUAGGUUCUGGACUGGGUGGCUGCUGCCCAGCCCCCUCCCCACUUAGUUAUGGAGGUACAUAUGGUAGAGGUCAGCUGUUCCUGGCUCCCAUGUGAGGAGGAAUUCAGUAGCUGUCUACCACCCGUGAGCCUUCUAAGGUGCCACAUGGAGUCAGGAGCCCUCCCCAUUCUCAGAAAUAGCAGCUUGAUUUCUCUGCUGGCUGGUGCCUAGGAAACCAGGUCCAAGUCCCUGGCUUCUCUCAGGGCCCGAGCCAGGCUGUGUUAACUGAAACUGAAUGGUGGGUGGUAGGGCCUUCUGGUGGCCCUGCUUCUCCAUGCUGCCUUCCCACCUGUCCACCCAGUUUCAGACGGGGAGGUGCCAUGGCCCCUCACCCAGGCACAAUCAUGUGCAGAGGUGCUGGGACAGGCCACCCUUGGUGGCUGUGGCCCUGCUCUAGAACCAUGGUAGCACAGGCUGGGGACUGGUGGAGUCCCCCUGCUUCCACUAGGGCUGAAGGCUCUCCACAAACCUGGACUCCACUCUUCUCUGACAGUGGGAGGUUUGGGGAGCGUUAGUUUUCUGUUGUGAUUAGGAGGCUGGCUGGGAGCCACAUGUAUAAGGUUCCUGGGGCCUGGGGGAACCUUUGCUGCUUUCUGGGCAGGGCCUGGGCAGGGGGAACUGUGUCACUCUGCAGGCGCUCACCUUGGCCUGCCACUGAAUGGGAGGUCACAGCACUGGACGGUUAGAAAUAAAAUGCUGUGGAAGUAGA